AUGCGUCGUCCCUUUUUCAGUAAACCCCAAAACAUCAUGCGUCGUCCCUUCUCUAUUGAUUCCCAGAGCAGCAUGGCGCCAGGGCCCGGAACGGUUGCUCCUCCCAAUACCCCAUACCCCUCCAGAACCCCCACCGGUCAAAGCAGCACAGCCCCUCCAAUCUUCUCAGACCUGACGCAUGUAAAGUCAGCAAAUCGAUUAUCGACAGAGUCAUUCCCAGGCCUUGAUCACGAACAACUCAACCACAACCCCUCAGCCGACGCACACCCAUCCUCCCCGCUUCGCAUCUAUGAAACCUCGACCGCUGCCAUUUCCGCUCAAACCGAGCUAGGACAGGACCCCAAUCAUGAUCCCGAGAAAGGUAUUCCGCGCGGCCAUAGCCUUAAGCGUCGCGGUCGUUCUGGGCUGUGUGAUGAGAAGGAAAGGCGUUGUGCCUGUUGGCGGCGAUUGAGCAAGAAGGCACGGUUGACUAUAAAGAUUGUUAUUGCUAUCGUUAUCUUGGGGGCUAUGCUUGCUAUUGCGCUUGGGAUUGCGGCUGCUGCGGGUGGUGUGGAGAUUAGGAUUGGGAAAUAG